GUGUCUUGCAUUAGUCACAGAUGAGUACAGCUGUUAAGAUUAUUCCUUCAUCUAAAACAUUUGGUUUUUGGUAAGGGUAGGCUGACAGACCCACAGCUGAUUUAAAAUGGUAUGAUGAAUGCAGUACCAUCAAAGUCAGGUGAAGCUAUGGUAUGAAGGUACCAGGAGAAUAAUAUUCCCAUUUUACUGGCUGAGAGGCUAAGGUAUAUGGAGAGCAUGAGGCCUGACCACAAACACUCAGUAGCCUCUUGACAGAACUGGGAUUCAAGCCAAGUCUCCUAAAGCCCAGUUCAAAUGUCUGGCCACAGAAUUACACUGACUGGUGGGCAAGAGGACUAGUAACUCAUACUUUGACAAGUUCACUUUUCUCUUGCAUACAAAAGAUUAAUAAUCAUAAAUGCAAACUGAAGGUAUCUCACCAUACAGUUAACAAACGAUGCUUUCAGUGUAGCUUCUUAAGCAUCUUUCUGCUCAUUCAACAUUAUUUUCUAUAAACCAGAAUGGUCAGAAACAAAGUAGUACUGUUGAAAUCCUUCUCUACAUAACAAAAAGCAGCCUGCAACUGUAAAGUCCAUUUCCAUUCAUCAGCCACCACAUCUGUUGCUUGCUUGGACACUGGCCAGAAUGAUUCAUUCACAUGUCUAACAUUUAUUUUCGUGAAAUACUGGGAUUAAACAGAAGGGCAAUAUUUCAAAACUGGGUUUAGCUAACCAAGGGAAGUUGGAAACAACUUCCUCACAGCUGAAAACAAACACAGUGUUAUAUCAUUCUGCAGCUUUAUUAAGAGAAAGGCAGUAGCCAAGUGAAGCAGCUGGAAUCACACUGAAGUCACUCUGAACUCUACAGAUCACUUCGUUCUUCUUUCUGCUACAGAGAGCACAUCCCUGACUUACAGCGUGCUUUCUUCUGAAGAACUUAAGAAGAAAGCAGCUGUGCAACAUGUCAUUUGAAGAUUUUGAGAACUACUCUUAUUUCUAUGACCUGCCUGAGGAAGAAGAAUCACCCCAGUCCACCUUCAGCAUUGCCCAUAUGAUUUCCCUUUCAUUUUACAGUGUGGCAUUUCUUCUUGGAGUACCAGGUAAUGCCAUUGUCAUCUGGUUUAUGGGCUUCAAGUGGGAUAAAUCUGUGUCUACACUCUGGUUCCUCAAUCUGGCCAUUGCAGAUUUCAUUUUUGUUCUCUUUCUGCCCCUUUAUAUCACAUACGUAGCAAUGGGCUUUCACUGGCCUUUUGGGAAGUGGCUCUGUAAAAUGAACUCAUUCAUUGCAUUACUGAAUAUGUUUGCCAGUGUUUUCUUCCUGACAUUCAUCAGCCUUGACCGCUACAUCCGCCUUGUGCACCCAGUUUUUUCCUACAAAUACCGGACUAUAAAGAACACCCUCAUUCUUAGUAUGAUCAUUUGGAUGUCUGCUGCUAUUAUUGGCGGCCCUGCCUUAUACUUUAGAGACACAGCUACUGCUCUCAACAAUGUCACCAUUUGCUACAACAACUUCCAUGUGCAUGACAGAGAACUCAUUUUGCUGAGACAUCACAUUCUGAUUUGGGUGAGGCUUGUAUUUGGUUACCUCUUUCCUCUACUGACCAUGGUUAUUUGUUACUCAUUGCUGAUCGUUAAAGUAAAGAAGAGAACGGUGUUGACUUCUAGCAGGCUCUUCUGGACCAUCAUUGCUGUAGUUGUAGCUUUUUUUCUUUGCUGGACACCAUAUCACAUAUUCAGCAUUGUGGAGCUCUCUGCUCACCAUGACGAAAAUUUGCACGAAUUAUUGCAGGAUGGCAUUCCCCUCUCCACGGGCCUUGCUUUCAUCAACAGUUGUCUCAAUCCAAUCCUCUAUGUUCUCAUCAGCAAGAAGUUUCAGGCUCAGGUCAAGACAACAGUCUCUGAGGUGCUAAAAUUGGCACUGUGGGAGGUGAGCCGCUCAGGAACCGUCAGUGAGCAGCUGUGGAACUCAGACAACACUCAUGCGCCUGUGCACCACUGCGAAACUGCUCAGUGACUGUUCUCCACCAUCCAUCCAUAAAAUAGCUGACAGAUUUGGAGGUGUUGUUGGCUUCACAUCUGCCAAUGAGAUGUGCAUCUCUGCAUAUACAGUUUUGUAUUAACAGCUGGCUUUACUGUGCUUGCUACUUUCCUUUAAAUGUUUUUAAAGGAUACAUCAUUUGGGUGUGGUGUGGUUGCAGCAUGGACAGCCCGAAUAGAAAGUCGUCUGGGUUUUCUAUCAGGAAUAUUAUUGUAACCCUGUUGUUGACAACGCUUCACUGAUCACAGAAGAGCACAUAACAUUCCUCUGAUUGCCACUGAUAACACUUUUGAUCUAGGCAUCCUCAUAUGAGAGAUCAUGGUCAGACAUCAGUGGUUUUGAGUGUCACAGGUAUUUCACUGUUAUUUAGAGUAGGAGCCACCUAGCUACAUCCCAGCCAAAAGAAGCUGUCAGUAGCUUCACUCUGCAAUCAGAAAAGGACCUCAAUACAGAGUAUACUGAAUUGCUGCCUCUUCCUUCUAAAGAUGCAUGGAAAUAAAAUGUUUUCUCCCAUUGUUUUGUCUUAUACUGAGCUGAGUCAGGGGGCUGUGGUUUCUUGUCACUUACUUUUGUGCUUUUAAUACCAUCUGGUUGUAAAAUACUAAGCAGGUGUUUCAGAAAGUAUUUUGGCUCAUUUGAAAUAUGCAAAGAAUUAGUGGAAAUGUUUCCCACUGAAUCUGAGACUUAAGGCCCUUGUCACACAUUCUUUUUCCGUGUUUAAACUUUCAGGUUUCAGAAACUUCACAAUUAUUAGCUGUUUUCUGCUGGUCUUGCAAACAAAGGUUAAGAUGCAAGAAAACAUUUUGUCCUAACGUCUAAAUAGGAGUAGAGUGAAUUCAACGAUAUUCUUUCACAAGCGUGUAGCCAAAUUCAGACCUCUCUACCAAGCUGCAGUCAAGACUGUACAGCCAAGAUACAAAGAUCACUCGCAUAAGAAAUAGGCAGUAGACCCAGUUGUCCUGUUUUCUGCUCCAACACGUUGCCAGCUGUAGAAUCACACCUACACCAAUGCAAACAUACAUGCUAAGUGGAGCAGACCAAUUUCUGAGGCUGUACCACUUAAUCAAGAAGUAUUACAUGAGAUAAGACCGUGAAGAAUAAAAGCAUAAAGCUUUAGAUAGGUAACCUUGAACUAGCUUUUUAUUGUUAUUGGCCUACAUAUCUAGGGUAAAACUGGCUUUCAAAUAAUCAACGUGCUAACACAUAAGUUGCAUUUAUACUGUAAAUGAGGCCUUCUAUGUAAAACUAUGCAUCUGUAUUCAUGCAUAAGCACAUCCAGUACUGAUAGCUGCAUAAAUAGCAACUGUCUGAUUGUGGUCUGUAGCUGUUUCUUUGGGCUCUGGUCUCAGAGUUUUAGUGAGGCAGAACCUACGGAAUUUCAGUGUAUUUAACUUUGGGCUGGAAAGUUGGUAAGCAGCAUUCUUUCCUUUGAGUCAUUCACUGCCUGGUACAUAGUGACUCACCCGUAAUAUUUUGGCACUAUGCAGCUGAGUGUGCCUAAAUCAACUGUUUGCAGUUUUUCUUCACAUAUUCCUUGACAUCUUUCUAAGAAUGAUGUGUUUUAGUGCUCCUUUCCUGACUGUACUCCAAGUGGAGUAAUAAAACUCUGUUGGCUCUGAAGAAUGUGUUCAUUUGCUUUUCUCAGCAGCAAAUACAUGGUGACUGUUCACAGAACAGCACCUUACUGACAUUUUUGGAAGAUGAAAGAAAACCCUGACCUUUUAUGUUACAGGAAUUAAAGUUUAUUCAGUUUUUUUUUCAUGCACAUUAGGUAUAUGAGAACAAAUAUAUAAGAACUUGAUUUUCAAACAAGAGAAUUUUACAUUUGCUUUGUCUUGUGUACAUAAUCAGAAAGUGUUUUACAAUGCUUUGCUUGGACCAGCUCUCUGGAUUAAGAAAAACAUAUUGCCAACAUCUAACCACCACCUUAAACAAAAGCCUCCCCCAGAUCGUAUAGAAUCUGGCCAACAUCAGUCCUGGUCUGUUGAAAAAAAUGGACCAACAACUUUGCAAGGUAAUUGCUACCUCCUUCAUACCAAGAUCAGCUACAUUAAAUGCCUCCAACUCAUUUCUGCAAGAGCAAUGGAAGAUACCUAAUCAAAACAGACAGCAUUCUUGGUUUGUUUCCAAAGAAUAGCAAAAAAAAAAAAUCCAAUUACUCUUCUACACUGCUUGGACAGAAGAAUGCUCAUUCAAAGCUCUACAAUGAAAAAAGAGCCAGAGGAAGGGAAUCUCUCUGAUUUUGCUACAAGAUACUGCAGAG